CCACAGUGUGUGUGUGUGUGUGUGUGUGUGUGUGUGUGUGUGUGUGUCUCGUGAAUGGAUGACGUCAUGCGGGCUGCCGUCUGUCUCCAACAUGACACCGUCAGACUUUAACGGUUUAACGGUUUAACGGUCAGAGGUGUGGCGUGAUGCAGCAGAAGUUGUGUUCCAGAGGUUCGGGUUCUUUCCUCUUGGAGAGGAACGGCCAGGCCUGCGGCGCCGCCACGGUCACCUCCUGUGACCUCCCCUUCCGCUGCCCCCGCUGCGGCGAGCAGGAGCGCUUCCGCAGCCUGGCCUCGCUCCGUGCCCACCUGGAGUACCGCCACUCGUACCGCUCGCCGGACGUCAUCACGGGUGGCUUCAGCAUCACCGGCAAACUCCCUGACCCGUUGACGGCAGCGAUCCCCUGGCACGACAUGAGCUUGCCGACCCGCAGGGGGCAGCAGGGAGCGGGGCGGCCGCCUCACGCUCGCUCCCUCAGCGACAGCAGAGACAGCGGUUACCUCCACUCCUACGGCUCCGUGAGGAGACGCACCCAGAGCGUCGGUGUGGGGACGCAGGCCGAGGAGGAGGAGGACGAAGAGGAGGAAGGUGGGAUGGAAGAUGAAGAUGUGGGAGAAGAAGAAGAGGAGAAUGACGAUGAUGACGAAGAUGGAAGUAGAACCGAGAAGGAUGUCAAAAUGUCCGUCAGAAAGUCAGACGCAGGACAUCACCUAAACCACCAUCUCCCGUUCCCUUCUCCAGCUCCUCUUGGCCCCCCUUUGGAUCCGGACCUGGACCUGGACCUGGUCGAGCAGAAGUCGUACUCUGGUUUGGAGACGGCCGCGGCCUCUGCGGCGGUUCGGCGGCGGCUGGCGAGCAUCCUGCGGGCGGCCGACAGCACCAUGCAGCGGCGGCUGGCCAAGGUGAGCACGGAGCUCGCCCAGACGGACACGGAGCUCCUGUGUGAGCGCGCUCACUCGCAGCACCUGGCCCAGGAGAGGCAGGAAGUCGCAGAGCGGGAGAGGUCGCUGAGCCGACAGGUCGACGUGGCCGUCAUGGUGAUCGCUGCUUUGAGGGAGCAGCUCAACGCCUCGGAGAAUGAGCUGGAGCGAAGAGAGAGGGAGGUGAUAACCAUCCAGAAGUUUCUGGAAGCGGCGGCUCGACAGGAGACAUGCGGUAAAGUUCGAAUCCAGCGCUUCAUCGAGAAUCUGCUGAGACGCAUUGCUCUGGCCGAGAGGCUGGUCGAGUAUUACCAGGUUAACGGCAGCCCGCAACAGUGCAACCACUACAAGCACCAGCAGCCAACUGAUAAUGGACCUCACAGAAUCACUAAAAGCAGGUCGGCGGGAGGACAGCUCUCCUCGUCUGGUCUCCACGACAACAGAACCCACGCCUCCUCCCAGUUUGGCGGCCGCCCUCUGUUCUCCAAACCAGGCGGGGAACGAGACCGCGAGCGGGAGCACCGUGAGCGGCUGGCCCAGUCGUCCAGGCUGUUCUGCCGACCCGAGCACAGAGACGACAUCUGGAACCACCAGCGCCGCCGGUCUGCCGGGGUCCGACCGAGACGACGUCCAGCCGGCCUCCUCUUCCUCUUCCUUCCUCCUCGCUCUCCACAGAGGCAGAUGACGAACAGAUGAACAGAUGAAGAGAUGGGUACGAUGGAGAUGGAUCGGAGAUGCUUCUCGAGGUGAAUGAAGCCAAACGUUUGACCACAAAGUUACCCGCUCUGGAUUUCUGCCUCGCCCCCGGAAAGGGUCAUCGUCACCCGGGGUCCGAGUGGGAUGUCAGUGACAAAAAGAUAGAGAGAGAUGUGGACAGAGAGAGAGAGAGAGAGAGAGAGAGAGAGAGUGUAGGGGGGAGAAACAAUACGAUUGUUCCCACCUCACUUUGCUUCCACCCUCGCAGUUAAAAUUGUUAUGGUAAUGAAGAGGGUUUUCUGCUGGACGGCAGAUUGUAACAGAGAGAUGUUUCUUUGGCUGGACGUGGAGGCCGGAGCUGCUAAAGAUGGAGAUGAAGAACGACCACAAACACUCUGAACAAAUGUCCUAACACUAACGUUCUAACAUGUUCGGCAUCUUUGGAAAGUCUUCAUUAUAACUGAUAACUAAAUUCUUUUGGGUUGACUAAUGUUUGUCUGCACAGUAAAUGUAAUUUAAAUCUUAGAGUUUUUAAUCUAUGUGUCUGAAAAAGAAAGCAAUGGAUGGCAGCCAUUUUCUUCUUAUGAACAUGUCCCAUAUGGUCUAGCGGUUAGGAUUCCUGGUUUUCACCCAGGCGGCCCGGGUUCGACUCCCGGUAUGGGAACUGCAACUUUUCAUGAAAGGCUAUAACUUCCUAGCUAAUGUAACCACAUUGAUUUGGAGGAUGGACAGUGAACAUACGGAGGGACAUCAGGUCGUACUACGCUGUAAACAACACAUUAGCUACAAAAGCUAACGUUACCGUUUGAUAGUGUUUCUAACAUUAACACUGUCAAACGGUUUCUUCAGCUAUAGGCAGUAGUGGGAUGCUAACGUUAGAUAGCUAACAAAGUAUGUCAAGGUCUGUUGUAAAAUGUGCCAUAAACCGUAAAUAUAGAUAAAUCGCAUACCAUGU